UGACAACGCCGUAACGGAGGAAAACAUUGUCGUAGCUCCUCUGCUAUUUUCGUUAUUUCUGGAUUAAUAUUGUGUUCCACUGCCUCAAAGUGCAGUAUAAAAGAUAUCACUCCUAACGCUUCAUAAUUGUCCGCUAAAAAUCGAAUGAACAUUUCAAAAUGAGCUCAAAAGAUUCUGAGCAGAACAAUAUUACGAGCUCAAACGCUUUUGCUAAUAUAACAGACGAGGAAAACAUGCUCACUUCCCCCAAAGCCGUUGGAGUAGGGAAGUCAUCCACUGACGGGGAUGUUUUCAUGAGCGACGACGAGGGAAAAGUUUUGACAACUUUAGAAUCAUCUAAACCUUCGUCGGUUCCUAAGGAAAGACUUAUUAUUCACAGCCAAACUAUCAUUAAACCGGCGGGUGUAGUGGGAAAUGGUCCCAGUCCAACAACGCAGGCCCAGAAGGAUGACCUGUUGGCUAAGAUGAAAAGCCGUCUGAGCAAGCAAAUUGAUCUAAAAAUGGUACCGACUACUCCCAAAGGCCAGUCUUCGCAAUCUCAACAUGAUACUAGCGGAUCAAUUGAAAUUCCUCAUGAUUUGAUACUGGGAAGCGACAUACCAGCAACGCCGUUGGCAAGUGGAGCUGCGAAAGGGGAACUCGAAGAUCAUGAUCUAAUAGCAAUUCUCGAAGGUGAUGACGUUGAAAUUACAGAGAAUGCUACCGAGAUUGAAGUAACAGUUGGUGCACGAGAAGCCGGAAUGUAUAACGAAGGCCAAGUACUGGAAGAGAUUCAGAUAUCCUUUGUCGAUGAGCAAGAUAUAGAGACGGAACAGAAGGAACGCGAAAAAGAAAUCGCAAUGAGGCAAAUGGCGAAUUUACCUACUCUGCCGAAAGGACGCCGACCGAAACCGAGAUUGCAAGACCCUACAGCCACAUCUACUCCAACGCUGAAGAUGGAUUCCACGCCGAAGGUUACGAUUAAAGGGCAAACCACUAUCAAACCUGUCCCUAGACCAUUACUUAUUCCCAAAAAAGAACCGGUUGAUGAAUUUGUUAUACCUGCAGCGAAAGUUGUUUCGUCUACAAGUCCUCUUAAAAACAGAAUCGUUACAUCUCCUGUUUUGAAAACGUCACCACGUGAUAUCAAGAGUUCCCCAAAUGAAUUGAUCAGUUCUUUGGUGUCGGAUUGGGACGAUGAACCAGUUGUAUUCAAAGAAGAACCCGUUAGUCCCGUAAAACCAAUUCCGAAGCAGUCGUUACCAAUGCUGCCUCCACCACCACCACCGCCGUUUGAAGAGCAACCCAAGCGAUCCAGAAUCAUCAAAAAGAAAAUUAUUUGGGAUCCCGAUAACCCAGAAACUCAUAUGUCAUUUGCUAGCUUCAUAAAAUCCAAUCGUACAAAGGAAAUCAUCGAAGAACCUAAACCCAAACAAGAAGUAUUGGCAAAACCUGCACCGGUGUUUCGUCCUCCUGGUACCGGGAUUCGGCGAAAACGUGCCGAAUCUGUAGCUGUGCAUAUGAUGAAGGACCCACCAUACACACCUCCUCAACACUAUUUAAAGCGGGCUCGUACCCCGGAACCGGUUGCCAAGAAACCGUUAACGAGCAAUACGCAGAUCUCAAAGGGGUCCAUCAUUGGCCGCAAGAAGAAAAGUGAAAUCGAGAAGCUUCUAGGCGAUGAGGGUGCCAUCAAUAUGCUUUACGAUGUAGAGUGUGAGAAUAGUAAUAAGGAUCUACUGAAAGAUUCAGAUAUUACCUUGGACUCCGAUGACGAAGAUGAAAAACUCCUGGCGAAGGCAAAGAUAAUCACCGAUGCUGUCAUCAAGCAAGGAACGUCUCCAACAGAUAUCGCAACGGUAGCACCGAGAGUAAGAACAAAACGAGCUUCUACUCCACAGCAACAGACUUCGGUUAGUCCAGCACCAAUGACUGUCCACCCCGCGACUAAUGCCACCGCUCCAAGUACCUCACGCAAAAGUGCAGGCCCUUCUAACGGUGCUGCUCGUAAACGCAAGCAAACAAACACCGCAUCCGAUGAUUGGGAUUAUGUUUAUAAAUCGCGCAAAACCUGUGACGAUGCGAUGAUCAUUCGCCGACGUUCCAACAGUUCUUAUUCCAGCUCCACUAGCCCCCGAAGACUUAGUGUCGAACAGCUCAACACCAGUAACGAAACCUCUGCCGACAAAUCCAGCACAUUUGAGUUCGUGAAACCAAACGAUAAAAGCCCAUCGAAAGAUGGCAAUCUCAAAGUUGACUCGUCGCUUGUGGCCAACAUGAAGGGCAAGCUGAGCAAAGUACUCGGCAGUAAGCCCAAAAAAGAUGAGCUUAGCAUAUCAAUCCCUUCGUCAUCGGAGAAAAAAGACAAAGUUUCGCCAAAGCCAACGAAGUCCAUCAAAAGUGACGGUGUCACAACUAUCAAGCUUAACGAAAAGGAAAUCACUAGCGUUAUGUCACCGGGAGAAACACUGCAGAGUAAACUGAACGAGUUGACGUUGAAGGAGCUCAGAUGUAACCAGUGCGGCAACUACGUUGAAGUGGUUCUCGCUCCUAGGGAGACGAAACUUAAAGAUGUCUUCACUAUCGAGUUGAUUAACGAGCUGAAGUCGGUUCUGAUCGUGUUGAAGAGUAGUCCGUCGGUACGGGCAGUACUAAUUCGCUCUAGUGGAAAGCAUUUUUGCCGCGGAAUAGAUGUAUCUUAUCUCAUCCAAACGAACGGGGAAAAACGGAGAACCGCAGCUCAGGUUUACAGCGGUCACUUGAGAAAUUUUCUACAAACACUGGCAAUGUUCAACAAACCGUUGGUGGCAGCAGUUCAUGGCGAUGUUCUUGGAUUGGGUGUGACCAUUCUGCCGUUAUUCGAGUGUGUCAUCGCACCCGACAGUACAACUUUUUCCACCCCGUACGCACAGUUUGGACACCUCCCGGAGGCAAUGAAAAUUUUUAGUACUGCUAAAAACUUGAAACCGAAAGCUCUCACGGACUUACUUUACCUUAAUAAGAAGGUAUCGUCGACUACAGCUUUGGACUAUGGAUUGAUCACUGAGGUGGUCCCUCCCGAGAAGAUGCAGGACAGAGCCAAUAGCGUCACCAAGAGGCUGUCAUCAUUUUCAUUACAGGGGCUGAGAUCGAUUAAAUCAAAUCUUCGCCAGGAACUGUUAGCCCAUCUCGAUGAGCAUCUCAUCGCCGAACAGAAAAAACUUUCUCAACAGUGGAUUACGGUCGAGUGUCAGGAUAAGUUUAAACAAUUUUUGUCAAAAGGCGGUGAAUGGUGAUGGACCGACCUGUCGUAGUAAGUGACAACCAUAUUUUACUUCAUUUUACCUUAUUUUACAUAAUUAAUCUACUUGACAUUUACCGGUCGAAUUCGUUCGACGAUCGAAUGUCUGGUGAGUAAAAAUACUCACACCAUUUGUUUAGAUGAUUCACAUUUCGAACACUCAAAGAAGAAAAAUUAAAGGCAAAGGGCCGGAGAACGAUAUCGUUCAUAAAAAAUUAACUUUUUUGGAUUGUUUUUUUUCCUCUACCAAUUAAAUUCCGUUUAACAAAGCGAUCGAGGGGUUCAGUGCAUUAGGCAAGAUAGCACUUCCUAAGUUUAGGAUUAAAACUUAUUUCAUGCAUUGUUCAUGGUUAUGAUAAAAGAUGUUUAUGAUUUAACGUACUUCCAAUGCACAUAUUGAAGUAUGAUGAUCGGUGAAAAGAUUUCUGAUAGUCAGACAUUAGUGCAAAUAUUUUUUAAUCACACGGAGAAAAUAUACGAAAACCGUUCUGUUCUAUGAAAUCUGUUAGGUUAAAUAAGUAUGCAGAGGAAAACGUUUCAAAUUGAAAAAAAUCAUUGCGUUUUCCACAUAAUUGUACUUUGAGAACUACAGAAUAAAGAUUUUCGUUAACAUGAAUUUAGAUUUAA